CAGCAUCUACUCUCAAUAAACAGGGAUAGCAGGAUAGAAGAGCAUAUUUUGGUAUCAGAAACGACUAGACAACAGCAGCUUUUCCUGGGCUGCUCUAGUAUGACCUCUUCCCCUGUCAUUAUAGUCAGCUAUGAGGGACGCGAGGGUCCCUUCAGAAUUAACGUCGGCCCAUCCCUAGAGCUCAGUGAUGAUGAUAUAGAGAAGGCCUCAGAGGAGCUCUGGGACUCUAUAAGAGCCUCGUUUCGCCUCUCCUCUGGCUCACGGUUCGCUCUACACGAGGCUGAGUCGGGUCGUAUAAUGUCCAAGGAGACGCUGCGAGAUCCCUCCUGCAUGCCCUCUUUCCCAAAGUACUGGUACUUGACUGUCGAUAAUGGCUACACUAGAGGCGAACUUUCUGCUGGAGUUGGGAAUAAUGUCUUCACAAGAUUUAGUGAAGACGAUGAAAAUUAUUCAACAUCAGUAGAUGUAUGUGAUCUGAAUGACCUUCUACUAAUGAACGAAUAUUCGACUGCAUUCACCCUGGAUGGAGAUGAUUUCAAUAUCGAAGGAGACGGAGAAAUAGAAGACAACGACGAUGAAGACUCGACUAGUUUUGGUUUAUUUCCUUCCCUGAUGGAGCUCUCAAUGGGGCGGAGUCCCUCUCCUGGCAGUUCAAGGGAAGACCUCACCACCAUGUCACUUAGCUGCAAUGAAGAGGGAGAUUUUGGUUUCAUCUUAAGACAUUUUACAGUUAUUGCUAAUGUACCACGUUCUGAGAAUUCUGGUAGUGAGGACAGCUCACAGAAUGAUUCCAGAAGUGCCUCGCGAUCCUCCACCCACUCCUCCUCUGAUCUCUUUGACACUCUGAGGAUGUCGACAUUGUUUGUACAUUCGGUACUUCCUGGGGGACCAGCUGAGCGAGCUGGACUGCAAACUGGUGACAUACUUUACUCAAUAAAUGGUCAAGUGGUUAGUGGCUGCACUACACAGGAUAUUUCCAGUAUAAUAUCAAAAAGUGGUCCCAGAUUGACACUUUGUGCUACUCCUGAGCAACACGAUGAUCUCCUAUUCUUAUACCCACAGUAUGUUCAAGGUGAGCCUGGUGAAUACUCACGGGCUUCAUCAGAGAAGAUACUAGUCACUGACUUGAUAGUAAAAAUGACACAAAAUGAAGAGGAAGAGGAGGAGGAGGAGGAGGAAGAAGAAGAAGAAGAAGAAGAUGUAGACUAUCAUCUCAAGCCUCCUCGUUUAUCCCGUCCCAUUUCAGCAGACGAGACACUCAUCCACCGCAUCACCUCUGAGCUAGACUCUUAUCUUCACGGCAGUGAUACUCUCUUACCCUCUCAACCGACCAACCAUAGCUCCAACAACUCCUUUGCAUCCGAAGGUUACAGCUCAUCCAAUGAUGACUUAUUAAUAUCCGGGUCCCUUGCCGAUAUUCCUGUAGUUCCCAGUCCCCUCAGACAGCGGAAGAUAUACACUCAAAAAGAUGGUAAUAAUUUCAUAGAUGGCUCCCCACAGGAUUGGCUGUCACAAGAGAACGAGAGAGUGGAGGAGAGAGAGGUCGUGUGGUUUCCCGGGGCAGCUGCUACUGAAGAAGAUGAUGAUGUCAAAGGAUUCACCUACUCACUCCCGGUGGGUAUGAACAAGACGAGUGACCCCUCCUCCUCCUCCCUCAUGUCUCAGAGUGGGGAGUAUGUCCCCCAGCCUGUUAGGAGCAACAGUCCAAGUAAAUUUGCUCGUAAAAUUAAACAGACCUUCAAGAACCUAACCGGGUCCGGCUCCUCUAAUUCCUCCUCUUCUCAUCGCAAGUUAUCAAAGACUAGCUCCCUGGGUGUAGCACAGGCCUGCUCUACGUCAGCUCUUGAUAAGCUAAGCGUGAAAGGUCCCACAGUCCCUUCCAGUCAAAGUAUAGGACAGAGGAGCUCUAGCACUGACCUUGGACGCAUUAAGAUUAAGGGAUCCUCUCUAGAGGCACUUACUAAAGUAGGGAACUCGAUUGAGAACCUAACACUAGCAGAGAAACAGAGACAGAGAGUUACUAAUAAACACACCACAGAACAACCUCCGGUAGCACGCCCAGCACUAGCUACACGUAGACUACAGUAUCCAGUAGUGGUACCUCCUCUGAAAUCAACCAGUGCCCCUACUAAUGGCUCUGAUGAAUCCCAGGGCAACAACCUCUCUGGGGAGAGUAGUAAUGGAGUGACUCCUGCUAAAGGUGGUAGGAGUCACGCUGGGGGACGCUCUUAUCGUAAUCAAAGAGAGAGGCUACACCAGACUAGGUCUAGAGGAGGCGUAGAGGAGAAGGACGUGCCUCCUAUCACUCAGGCUGGAUCAAACUCUUCUGCUCGGAGGAUCUCACGUGAAAACCUUCCCGUCCCAACUGAUACUCGCUCAUUCUCAAAGAUGGGAGCAGAGAGACGAUACCAGAGGAGCACCUCAGUAUCAACACAACUAACUGAUGAUUCAUCAGAUACAAUAACACUACGUGGACACUCUCAAGACAGUUUUGUACUAGCUGGUGGUAACACUACAGGGGUGACUGUGGCUACUAAGUCACCACUCUUCACGGACAGAAGAAAAGGACUUAUAUUUAAUACUAGUGAUGAUAGAGGGAGUGUAUCACUGAGUGAUGAUGAGAGACUGCAUCAUGUUGAAGAGGAUCACCCUAGGUCACAGUCCUUCACUGGAUCAGUUGAUUUAUCAGCUACUGGCUCUUCUUAUCACAGAGGGAAGCUACUCUCUACUCAGAAUAAAAUCAGUGAAGAGAAUGAAGGAGGAGGGAGAGGGAAAAUACCAGCACGGAAAACCUUCUCUUUUGAUGAGAGGAAGCCAGUGGGGAAAAUUAAUUCUGUGUUCCAUGGUCCUAUUCACAAGAAGCAGGAGAGAGCUCAAGGAGGCAGGAAACCCUCAGAGAGGUCCUGGAAGUCAAUCUAUGCUGCAAUCCAAGGACACUGGAUGGUGUUCUAUGGGAGUGUACAAGAUGCACUGACAGGACAACGUCUUACUAAUGAGCCAUCGCUUGAUCUCAGACAGUGUGUUGUCACUGUCCUACCGAGAAAGAAGCAUACUUUCAGACUUACCUUUGUGACUGGAUCAGAGUGUCUCAUUCAGGCUGAGAAUGAGGAAGCCAUGAUGAGAUGGAUGAGGAUCAUUCACAACUUAAACAGGCACAUUCAGCGACUUGGACCACUCCCUCCUACUCUGCUCACUAGACCAUCUCAAGAAGAGCCUUCAAAGACUAAAAAAGAAAAGACCAAAAUACGUAGAACUAGAACACCACAGCCGCCAAAGAAAUCUGAUAAAGACAAACGUUCUCGUGAGGUUCUUCUUGAAAGAUUGAAAAGGACUCUCAAUCCAGCAAGGAAGGACUCUGAAGUUGAUAAUGUUGAUGCAGUCUUUGCUAAUACCUUUGGCUUGCCAAUAGAAGAGUGUCCCUUCUCUGAUGAUAACAAAUAUGUACCACUAGUCAUGACAGUGUGUCUGACAGAGCUGGAGUCAAAGUGGUUGGAUACUGAGGGGUUGUAUCGACUAGCUGGUCCUAUCGGACAGGUUAGGGUUCUUGCUGAAGAGCUCAACAAAGGGCGCUUUGACCUUUUAAGAGAUCAGAAUGAUCCUCACGUUCUCACUGCUAUACUCAAGAAGUUUCUUAAAGAACUGCCCAACCCGAUUGUGCCUAACGGUCAGUAUGGUGCAUUCAUAUCUGCUGCUCGUGACAUUGAUGUAGAGCAAAGAGAAGAGAGAAUGAAGGAGCUGAUCAAGAACCUACCAGAGCUACACUAUUAUACUCUUGGCUAUCUGAUCAGGCAUCUCAACAGGGUAGAGGCUCACAGCACAGUUAAUAAAAUGGCUUUGCGUAAUCUGUGCUUAGUGUUUGGGCCUACUAUUGUGAGGAAGGCAAUCAGUGAGGAGAACAAUACACUUGUAGCUGAUAUGAAUUAUACUUACACGGUGGUGGAUUUCUUAAUGAAAAAGGUUGAUGAGUUGUUUACUCCUAUACCAACUGAUUUCAUUGAUGGGCCAUCAGUCACUCGAGGAGGAGAUGGAGUAUAUUCUCAGUCUCAGGCAGACAAUAGGAACAAUAUGCUACUAAAGAGAGGACUAAGUGAUACUACAUUUACUGAGAAGAAUAAGAGCACUGCAACACGUAUACCAAGAAGGAGCUAUGAUGAAUCAAACACCAGGAUUGGUAGUAUGUACAGCAGUCAGGAUCAUGGUAGUGUUGGUGGUGUUGGUCUCAGUGUUGAUGAGUACUGGUUCAGUCAGGACAGCAGAACCAACAGACCUCACAAGAAACGACUAGCAAAGAGCAGACUGAUCCUAACUUCAAACAAUGACGACCAAAUCAAGGACAUACCCUCACCACUAGAGCAUCCAUCUCACUCCUCUCCUCACCUACACAGGCAGGCCGUUAAAUCAAAGAUCAAUCGAAAAAUAAGUUAUAAUCACGCUAUGGAGGGUGCCUCCUUGCUGCCCUCUCCGCUAAGUUCUGUGGGUCUGUUAGACGAUGAGCCAUUCAGCCAUCAAGGGCUACACAGUACAGGCCACCCUGUCCUUACCUCAUCUCCUCAUCACAAAUACCACCAGCAGACCAGACCUAAGCUUUCAUCUCAUCCAGCUCCUCGUCCAACUGGGGGACGUCCUGUGGGCUAUUCUGAAGUACAUCGGAGACAUCGGUACUCCAUAAACGAUUCACGUCCACCAACGACAGAGAUAUUUGGUCCAUCGUCUGGUAACUGGAACAAUAGUUCUAUACCGGGGAAUAAAGGGCCUCGUAGAUCAGUCCCUGAAUCAGCUUUAUGAAGACCUCAUUGUUAUUAUUAUUAUUGUUGUUGUUUUUGUUGUUGUCUUGUUGAUCAUUAUUAUUAUAGCUCCAAUAUAACACUUACUGCGACACAUUGACUGACAGUGAUAAUAAUUUCAAAUUUUAUGUUGUGUGUGUGUUCUUGUGACCAACCCACUAACUGGCACUUAUUUAAAAUGCAUCAUUAUAGUGUUCCUCUCUCUCUCUCUCUCAUUAAUCACAUCUAGCAAAACUGUUGAAUUUUAUUGUAUACAGUCAUUUUGUGUAAUGUUUUUAACAAAAUUAUUGUGUUUUAUUAUUUAAAA